AAGAGAGGGGCUGAUGAUAGGCCAAUGGGGGCCGGCGCGGUGACGACAGAGUACGUCGGAAUGCUGCGGCGGCGCUGACUGGCUGCUGAGGCCUGCUCUGGGGGACUUUCGCCGGCAUCUUCUUGUCAUCCAACUGCAGCAGUUGGGCAUCCUUUUGGAGUCGAGAGCGUGGUGACAGGACUGGCCUGCAGCCAUGUCCACCUUUAGGCAAGAGGAUGUGGAAGACCACUAUGAGAUGGGCGAGGAAUUGGGCAGUGGUCAGUUUGCAAUUGUGCGGAAAUGCCGUCAGAAAAGCAAUGGGCUGGAGUACGCCGCCAAGUUCAUCAAGAAGCGUCGAUUGUCCUCUAGUCGUCGGGGGGUGAGCCGGGAGGAGAUAGAAAGGGAGGUGGACAUUCUUCGGGAGAUCCAGCACCCUAACAUCAUUACCCUCCAUGACAUCUUUGAGAACAAGACAGAUGUAGUGCUGAUCUUGGAGCUGGUUUCUGGGGGUGAGCUCUUUGAUUUCUUGGCUGAAAAGGAGUCCCUAACCGAGGAGGAGGCAACCCAGUUCCUUAAGCAGAUCCUGGAUGGUGUCCAUUACCUGCACUCCAAGCGGAUUGCCCACUUUGACUUAAAGCCGGAGAACAUCAUGCUUCUGGAUAAGAAUGUGCCCAACCCUCGAAUCAAGCUAAUUGAUUUCGGCAUUGCCCACAAAAUUGAGGCAGGGAAUGAGUUCAAGAAUAUUUUUGGAACCCCGGAGUUUGUAGCUCCUGAGAUUGUGAACUAUGAGCCACUAGGUUUGGAGGCGGACAUGUGGAGCAUUGGAGUGAUCACAUACAUUCUUUUGAGCGGAGCAUCACCAUUCUUGGGUGAAACCAAGCAGGAGACUCUCACCAACAUUUCAGCUGUGAACUAUGACUUUGAUGAAGAGUAUUUCAGUAAUACCAGUGAGCUGGCCAAAGACUUCAUCCGUCGGCUGCUCGUCAAAGACCCCAAGAAAAGGAUGACCAUUGAGCAGAGCCUGGAGCAUUCGUGGAUUAAGGUGAUUAAGAGAAGGAACGUGCGGAAUGAGGACAGUGGCAAGAAGCCAGAGCGUCGGAGACUGAAGACAACCCGCCUCAAGGAGUACACCAUCAAAUCCCACUCCAGCAUGCCCCCGAACAACACAUACAUCAACUUUGAGCGUUUUUCUAAGGUUCUGGAGGAGGUGGCAGCAGCUGAAGAGGGCCUGCGGGAGCUGGGGCGAAGCAAGAAGCUGUUCCGUGAGGACAUUGAGGUCCUGACUUCUAUCUAUGAGGAGAAGGAGGCCUGGUAUAAGGAGGAGAACGAGAGCAUUGGCCAGGACCUACGGCUGCUUCGUCAGGAGCUGCACAAGACCGAGGCCCUGAAACGGCAGGCCCAAGAAGAGGCCAAGGGAGCUCUGCUGGGGGCUAAUGGGCUGAAACGCCGCUUCAGCCGCCUGGAGAACCGCUUUGAGGCCCUGGCUAAACAGGUGGCAUCAGAAAUGAGGUUUGUUCAGGACCUGGUGUAUGCCAUGGAGCAAGAGAAACUGCAGGAUGGGGACUGCAGUGUGCGUUAGUGGUUCUCCAGGCUGGUGAAGAGGAGUGCCAACAGAGGGAAGAGAGUCGGACCAAAUGUCCAACAGCCCUCUGAGGCAGAGGGAAACUGUGAUUGAUAACUUGGAUGAAGACAGAGGAUCUGGGAUUGGCUGCUCUCCUAUAUCCCUACUUGUGUAAGGGCGCCCUAGCCAAGAGUCAGACAGUGCUGACGUUCCUUUUAUUUACCCUCCCUAGGAGGCUCUGAGUUUUUUCUGAAUCAGAAGGACAGGAGGCAGGGAUUGGCCAAAAUGGAACGUCAGCGUGAAAUAAGAAAUGUACUGAGUGAUAUCAGUUCUGCAACAUUGCUGCUUACCCUUAGCUUAGUCACAGUUUGGAUUGGGUGAAUUUGAAAAACAGCAACUUCCUUUAUUCUGCCUCAGGACUGAAGAUGUUUCCCAUAAUUCAUGCAACUGAGGGAUACACUAGGCUUGAGGGGCACUGCUGUUGUCAUCACAACCCCCUUGCCUGGUAAAACAAAAAAAAUACAGAUGUUACUUAUGCCACUGGACAGACAGCUGAUUGUCUUCUGGAGGAGCCUCACUCUGGUGGACCUGCGGAGAAUAACAUGAACAGUGUCUGUUUUAUGCACCUAGAAAAAUUCUGAAGAGGGCCCUCGUGUCUUGAACUGACCUUAUUUGAGAAGAUACCACUGUUAGCUAAGACUUGCAGAGGCACAGGCUACACUUGUAGCUGUAAGCCAUGAUGAAAAUGUGGAACUGCAUGAGAAUAAAAUAGGAUAUCCUCCCAAAGUUAGACACAGUUGGAAUAUAUAUGUAUUUUUGAAAAUUUAGCAAAUGCUCUUCUAGCCUUUUCUGUGUAAAUGCACUAAAUGAGAGAAAUAUUACUCCUGUGUAAAAGCACAGUUGAUAUUAAACACAGACCAUUCAGACUCUGUCCCGCAGUGAAUGGUAGCCCAGGCCUAGUGGCUGUCCUGGUACCCUUCUUACUCUUGGGGCCUCCUGGCCAUUGGCUUACUGGCCAGGGUUAUUUGUUACCCUAUAUGUGGGUACCGAAACAUUUUUCUUUGGUUUAUGGCUGCAGCAAAGCCCAGUGCCAUCUGUGACAAUGUUUCAGACUCAUUAUCACCUAGAAUGUUUAGAGAAGAGCUGGGCUGGUUCCUUAUUUUCAUUUCCCAGGCCAGUCUGCCCACUCUUCCUGCCUUUCUCUCUUGCUGCUGGCAGUUCUACUGCACAGGGUGUCCCAGAAGUCUUAGUGCAGUUUUAAUCUACUUGGGCGUAACACUGCACUAAGGCUUUUGGGAUACCCUGUAUUUUUUGAAGCCAGAUUUCUAAAAAGCCUUUAGGCCAUUUUCAGUUGCUCCCAGGCAGGCUACUUGAGGGCAAGGACAGUGUUCUAUUUUUCAGGACUGGUUUUUUCCAUCUGUAAUUACACUUGCACUACCUACCUCAGAAUUGUUGGGGGAAAAGUGCUUUGCAAAACUUAAGAGUGCCAUAGCAAUAUGAAUUGUUAUUAUCUUGCUUUUCUCCUCAGCACCUAGUACAUAGUACCUUAUACUUGAUGCCCCUUUUUUGAAUUGAGUCAAGCUUUUUGGGUUUGGAGACUUCCGCCUUCCUUGAGCUCCUGGAUGGGCAGUAAAUGGUAGGAUUCAGCAAAUUCAACCCAACUCACAUUUAAGUACCUACUAUAUGUAGAGUCCUGUAUCCACUAGGUGCCGAGAGACAGAAAGAAAAUUAGGUGGUUCCUUCCUGCCCUUAUGGAGCCUACCAUCUUGUAGGUCAUAUU